CGGACGCCGCCGGCUCCGAUGCGAGGCUGCUGGUCCCGGUCGGUGCUCGCGGGAGGAGGAGGAGGAGAAGAAGACGGCUCCACCAGCGGGGGGUCACGCCAUGGACUUCAACAUGAAGAAGCUGGCGUCAGACGCGGGCAUCUUCUUCACCAGGGCGGUGCAGUUCACUGAGGAGAAGUUUGGGCAGGCAGAGAAGACAGAACUAGAUGCCCACUUUGAAAACCUCUUGGCUCGGGCAGACAGCACCAAGAACUGGACAGAAAAGAUCCUUCGCCAGACAGAGGUGCUACUACAGCCAAAUCCUAGUGCCCGGGUAGAAGAAUUCCUCUAUGAGAAGCUGGACAGGAAGGUUCCCUCUCGAGUCACCAAUGGGGAGCUGCUGGCCCAGUACAUGACAGAGGCUGCCAAUGAGCUGGGGCCGGAGACACCCUAUGGGAAGACCCUGAUCAAGGUUGGAGAGACGGAGAAACGCCUUGGGGCAGCAGAGCGAGACUUCAUCCACUCAGCUUCCAUCAACUUUUUGACUCCUCUUCGAAACUUCUUAGAAGGGGAUUGGAGGACAAUUUCGAAAGAGAGACGGAUUCUUCAGAACCGGCGUCUGGAUCUCGAUGCCUGCAAAGCCAGACUGAAAAAGGCCAAAGCAGCUGAGGCCAAAGCUGCGUGUGAGGGAGAUGCCGUGCCUGAUUUUCAGGAGACUAGACCUCGUAAUUACAUUCUCUCUGCCAGCGCAUCCGCGCUGUGGAGUGAUGAGGUAGAUAAGGCUGAGCAGGAGCUUCGUGUGGCCCAGACAGAGUUCGAUCGGCAGGCGGAGGUUACUCGUCUCCUGUUAGAAGGAAUUAGCAGUACCCACGUGAAUCACCUUCGCUGCCUGCAGGAGUUUGUGGAGUUUCAGGCCACGUAUUAUUCCCAGUGCUAUCGACACAUGCUGGACCUACAGAAACAGUUGGGCAGUACUCAAGGCGUGAUAUUUCCGGGCACCUUUGUGGGCAACACUGAACCUGCCUCCUCACCUUUGAGCAGUGCCUCCCUGGCAACGGCUGCUGCCACCAUCCCAGUAGUACCCACCGUGGCCGGUAUCCCCUCCACGGGAGAAGCUGCCAUCAGCUUGGAUGAUGUGGCUCCACCUGCUAGUGGUACCCGAAAAGCCCGAGUGUUGUAUGACUAUGAGGCGGCUGACAGCAGUGAACUGGCCCUCCUGGCUGAUGAGCUCAUUACAGUCUACAGCCUCCCUGGAAUGGAUCCCGAUUGGCUCAUAGGGGAGAGAGGCAACAGAAAGGGGAAAGUGCCCGUCACCUACUUAGAACUGCUCAGUUAAGCAGGGUCCUGGGCCCACCCUCUGAGGGCUGCCACGGCUCCCCAUACCUUCUCCCAUCGCUUCCCACUUUCACCCUCAGGUGGGAGAGAGGAGGUGGGGGUGUGGGGGUGUGGGAAGGAAAAGGGUGCUGUCCCUUAACUCCUCUUGCUUCAUCUUAUUGUCUGUUCAUUAACUACCUUGCCCAGUUCCUGGUUCAGGGUGGAAGCUGUGUGUCCUCCACUCCCCAUCACAUAACAUUCCAUCAGGGAGCAAAGGGGUCUCAGAGCAGCCCUUAGUCCCAGAUCUUGCUUCUUCUCCCAUUCUGCCCUAGAGACAGGACACUGAAAGCUUCCCUCUCCACUGCUUUUCUCAGCCCUCCUGCCCCUUCCUCAAAGCUUACUGAAGGAAGUAGAUAGCCAGGGAUUGAGGGAGGAAGCUAAGCCUUGGUGGGGGACUCUGGAGAGGGUAAGAGUUAUGUGGAGUGGAGAAAAGCCUGGGCCUUGAAAGAAAAUAGGUCUUGAAUGAAAACCUCUCUGCUCCCUUGCUUUGGAGGCAGAGGGUCCUCACUGGUGCUUAUGGUUAUAGGGCCAAAGGCCCCUUCAGAUAACAUAAUUAUCACUUCCUCUGGACCUCAAGCUUUGGCUAUAUCCCUUAGUUGCCAAAAAAGAGAAAAAGGGGGCAGUUAGGUAUCGACUGUGUUGGUCCUCAAGGGCCAGAGGGAAGGACAUAUAAUGAAAGUGAUCUAUCUGGGCUUCCCUGAAACAAAGAAGAAAGUGGCUAUUCCUCUCAUUCACCUACCUAACCCACACCCUGUCCCAGUCCUAAGAGAGCAACCCAGGGACAGGGGCCAUGGGAGCCUCUCCGUGGUCUCCUUACCAUUGUCAUUUCAGUCAUUAUACCUUAAGUGCAGCACCCUUCCUUUUAUCCCUCAGGUAGGUAGUCAGACAAGGCUCCUGUUGCAAUCUGUCCCUAUGCUCUGUCUCUAUCCCUUCUCACACUCACUUUUUAACUGGCAUUUUUACUUCUGUGUCAAUGCCCGGCUGCUUGGCCUCUUGUGAAUGAUAAUAAACCAUCUGUAGUGCACAA